AUGGCAAGAAUUCGGAAAUUCCCUGGAAUCAUUAUAUUACUUCAUCUAGAAAUUGUAUUCUCCAAAAGGUCUUCAGAACCUACAGGAUUCACCAUCAGUGUCAUGCCGGCAGACCACCCGGAGUCCCCAGUUAACAAGGCCAAUCUCACAAACUGGGAAAGAAUACAAAGAAUAGCAAACAUCUCUUUGAGAGGACACAAAGUACUGCACAACCCGCCUUCCAUUCAGAACGCAUCAGAUUUCCAGGAUGGGAAGUACACAGUGCCUCUAACUGAACAGGAUUACUACUUUGCAGCCGAGAUUGGCAUCGGAAUGCCGCCUCAGAAAGUGUAUUUAGCGGUUGACACCACCGCCGGACUCGUUUGGACUCAGUGUAAGCCUUGCGCGGUUAAAAACCGGGGAUGUUAUCACCAGGAAUCUCCCAUAUACGACCCUAAAAAAUCAGCCAGCUAUGCCAAGUUUUCCUGUACGGACCAGCAUUGUCCUGUGAAUAAAGGAAAUCUGAAUAACAGGUACUUCAAAUGCCAUAAAAACAAUAGUUGCACUUACUCAAUUUACUAUGGCUACCGUGGCCAUAUGAAGGGAAUGACAGAAGGGGAUGCAUCUUUAGAGUCGUUCACUUUCACCAACUGCACAAAGGAAGACUCACUUCCGAUGUUCAUGAAUUUAGAGAAUAAGAUUACCGGGAUCCUGGGAAUGAGCUUGAAUCCACUGUCACUUUACCAGCAGUUGUUUUUCAAAAUCGGAGGCAAAUUUUCUUACUGUAUUGGUGCUUACAAGUCUCCUCUCAAAGCCCUUCAAACUCACAACCUGAGAUUCGGGUAUAAAGUUAUGAUGCCUGAAAAACCAAUCCCAUAA